CACAGACGGGGAGUAAACGAUCGUCUGGUGUGACUGAACUUCAGAAAAGACUAGCCCGUGUGAAGGAGGAAGCCGCCAAGGUCAAGGCUAAGGAGAAGACCAUGACACGUGCCGAGUUGCGAGAAAAGCUGAUCAAGUCUGGACAGCUGUCCUCUCUCCAACAACACAUGAAGGCUGUUCAGCAAACCGCAGAAAAACUUAGAGCCGACAAGUCCAAACAGGUGCAGGCAAGCUCAAGCAAGGAAACAACUGAAGAAAGCAGUGAUCACCAGGUGGCGCCGGCCUAUGAGAGACACCACCACCUUGCCACUCCCGUCCCGCCCCCGCCGGCUUCCCUCGGCCUGCCGUACCAGUACAGGCUGCUGGGGGAGAUGUUCCGCAGUAUGGACACAGUGGUCAGUAUACUGCAUAACAGGGAGGAGCUGGCCACCUUCCAGAAGCUGAAGAACGCAGUACAGGAGAUGUGCCGCAAGAAGUUUGAGAAACACCACAUGGGCCAAAUAAAGACCGUGUUCCCGUCAGCCUAUGUCUUCCGCCAAGAGAAAGUCAGCCAGUUCUGUCGGAACCAAGGAGAGAAGAAGACUCAGUAUCAGCUCACUGUGCAGGCCAACCUGGACGGACAGCCCAGCACAGAAUCAAGAGCCUCGGGAAAGCCUGCUCCCCGGGCUAGGGUGUCUUUCUCAUCCUCACAGUUGAUAAACCGCAGGUACAUCUUCCAGACUAAUCUGGUCAACAUUGUGAAGGAACACCACAGGAGGUUUAUCCAGAACCUAGCCCCCUCCCCGUCCGUGUCGGACACUGCGCUGACCAAGUGGCACCCCAAGUUCCCGCUGGACACCGUACCGGACAUCGAGCCAUCACCGCUGCCUCGGCCACCUGAUGUCCAGAAGUACGCCACCGCUCAAGACGUCCUGGACCAGGCCAGGGGGAAAAUCCUACCGAGGGUGCAGAAGGCUCUAGAGAAGGUUGCACAGCUCUCACCCAAGGAGACAGAGAAGCCCAAACCCAACACUACAUCUGCUGAUGGCUCCACCUCUGGGAACAAGGGUGCCAAACUCAGUCUACUGGAGAGGAUCCGUGCUAAGGAGGCUGCCAAGGCUGAGAAGUACAUGACCAGAGAUGCCGACCAGGACAGGAGAACGGCCAUGAUUGGACGUCUGCCCGACCUGGCGCGAAUCUUGAGGACGUUCUUCGUGACGGAGAAGAAGCCGGCGGUCCCCAUCGAGUCCGCCGUCAAGAAGAUGUCGGAGAGCUACCGAUCAGUCCUGUCAUCAAGUGAGUCGGAGGCCCACCUGAAACUGCUGACAGAGCUGGCUCCUGAUUGGCUGUCGGUUGUGAAGAUCAGUAAAGGUACUUUUCUGAAGAUGGACAGAAACCAAGACAUCAACAUCAUCGUGGACAAACUCAACAAGGCACUCAAGGACAGCAUGUAGUGUACUUAGACUUCAUCUAUGUUUAAAGUUAAAACUUUUGGUCCAACACAAAAAAUUCUCUCACCUAGAGCUUUCAACCAGUCA